AUGGUAGCUCAAGAAUUGUUGAAUGCUGAUUCUUCUGUCACUUACGAUGCCAUUGUAAUCGGUGCUGGUGUCAUCGGCCCAUGUGUUGCUGCUGGUUUAGCAAGAAAGGGCAAGAAAGUGUUGAUUGUUGAAAGAGACUGGGAUAUGCCAGAUAGAAUUGUUGGUGAACUCAUGCAACCAGGUGGUCUAAGAGCAUUGAGAAGUUUAGGUAUGAUUCAGUCCAUAAAUAACAUCGACGCUUUCCCAGUGACUGGUUACACUGUUUUUUACAAUGGUGAAAAAGUCGAUAUUCCGUACCCAUACAAGGCAGAUUUGGCUCCAGUUGAGAAAUUGGAAGGAUUGGUCAAGGAUGGUAACGACAAAGUUCUAGAAGACAGUACUAUCCACAUUAGGGACUACGAAGAAGACGAAAGAGAGAGAGGUGCAGCUUUUGUGCAUGGUAAAUUCUUGAACAAUUUGAGAAACAUUGUGGCCGGCGAAAAGAAUGUCACUCGUUUGCAAGGUAACUGUGUUGAAGUUUUGAAGGCGAAGAACAACGAAGUUGUUGGUGCCAAAGUCAACGUUGAAGGCCGUGGUAAGGUUGACUUCAAGGCCCACUUGACUUUUGUCUGUGAUGGUAUCUUUUCUCGUUUCAGGAGAGAGCUACACCCUGAGCACAUCCCCUCUGUUGACUCUUCAUUCAUUGGUAUGUCGCUAUGGAACGCUAAGAACCCAGUUCCAAUGCACGGCCAUGUCAUUCUAGGCACUAACCAUCUGCCCAUCCUUGUGUAUCAAAUCAGCCCUGAAGAGACUAGAAUGUUGUGCGCAUACAACUCUGCAAAACUACCUGGCGAUAUCAAGGGUUGGUUGAGCAAAGAAGUGCAACCACAUGUGCCAAAGAGUUUACGCCCAUCUUUCGAUGCCGCCUUGGCCGAGGGUAAAUAUAGAUCCAUGCCAAACUCCUACCUGCCAGCAAGACAAAACGAUGUCACUGGUCUAUGUGUUAUUGGUGACGCUUUGAACAUGAGACACCCAUUGACCGGUGGUGGUAUGACCGUUGGUUUGAACGAUGUCGUUUUGUUGAUUAAAAAGAUUGGUGACCUCGACUUCAGUGAUCGUGAGACAGUCUUGGACGAACUUCUAGAUUACCAUUACGAGAGAAAGAAUUACGACUCUGUCAUCAACGUUCUAUCCAUCGCCCUAUUCGCCUUGUUCGCUGCUGAUAACAAAAACUUGAAAUCUCUGCAGAAGGGUUGUUUCAGAUACUUCCAAAAGGGUGGCGAUUGUGUUAAAGUACCAGUCAAGUUCCUAUCUGGUGUCAAUCCACAGCCAUUGAUGUUGGCCCGUGUCUUCUUUGCCGUUGCUCUUUAUGCCGUUUACUUGAAUAUCGAGGAACGUGGGUUCUUGGGUUUGCCAAUGGCAUUGCUAGAAGGUAUCAUGAUUUUGAUCACUGCCACCAAGGUCUUUGCUCCAUUCCUAUACCGCGAAUUGUGUUCUUAA